CGAGAGCGGUCAGGCGAACCGGAGGAUGGAGGAGCAGACAACCCGUAGCGGGUGGUCAACAGCUGUACGCUGAAGAUACAAUGCUUUAGCAUCAGCGCAGUCAGUCGGUGUGGCUAAACUUGUCGUUUUGGCCACUUUUGGUGACCAAACAGAAAGAUGGCGCCGUCGGGUUCGCGUAGCGUUGACUGCUGGAGAGUUCUGUACUGGAUCCCCGUGCUGUUCAUCUGCGUGAUCGUGGCAUGGUCCUACUACGCGUAUGUGGUGCAGCUCUGCAUAGAAACUAUUGAAAACAUGGGAGAGAAAAUAGUUUACCUCCUGGCAUAUCAUGUGCUUUACAUCAUGUUUGUGUGGUCAUACUGGCAAACCAUCUUCACAAAACCCAUGAACCCUCUCAAAGAGUUCCACCCUUCACAGUCUGACAAAGAGCUAUUAGAGCAUGAAGAUCGGAGAGAAUCUCAACAGGAGAUCUUGAGAAGAAUUGCUAAGGAUUUGCCCAUUUAUACACGCACAAUGUCUGGAGCUGUCCGCUACUGUGAGCUCUGUCUGCUGCUGAAGCCUGAUCGAUGUCAUCAUUGCUCUGCCUGUGAUAAGUGCAUUUUAAAGAUGGAUCACCAUUGUCCGUGGGUAAACAAUUGUGUGGGCUUCUCCAACUACAAGUUUUUUAUGCUCUUUCUAGCAUAUUCUCUGUUGUAUUGCCUCUUCAUCACUGCCACAGACUUGCAGUAUUUCAUUCAGUUCUGGACUAAUAGUCUGCCUGAUACUCAAGCCAAGUUCCACAUUAUGUUCCUGUUUUUCGCCGCCUCCACAUUCUCAUUGAGCCUGGGGUUUUUGUUGGCUUAUCACUGCUGGCUUGUCUGCAAGAACAGAUCCACAUUGGAGGCUUUUAGGGCACCUGCAUUCCAUUAUGGACCAGACAAGAAUGGCUUCAGUUUAGGACUAAACAAGAACUUUCGCCAAGUGUUUGGAGAUGAAAAGAAAUACUGGCUUCUGCCUAUAUUUUCAAGUCUGGGCGAUGGCUGUUCUUUCCCCACUUGUUUAGUGAACCCAGACCCUGAACAGCCCUCCUCACCUCCUGGACACAAUCCUUCAAUCAAAAGUGCUGGAGAAUCUCAGCAGUUUCCUCCAAAACCUCUGAGAGAGUCUCAGAGCCGGCUGAUCAAUAACACGCAGUCAGAGGGGAGUGAGGACAGAGACAAACGAGGUACAAGCAACCCAGCCUUGACUAUUGAGAAGGAAACUUAGAAACAUGAACAUUUGACUGGUUUUAUUGGAAAGGAGUUUUGUGGUAGUGUUAUCUGUGUUAAAGAGAGGAAUCCUCUAUUCUUGUAAGGCUACACUGCUCAUUCACAGACCUCUACCCACUCUCUACCUAAUAAAAUGUUAUGAUCUUUCAUAAGAACCAACAGUGCAGGAUUAUGGUGUGUAUAUACAUGAAGGACCACAGAGUCUCUUGUCUUCUUUGAAAACUGUAUUGCUGAAAUAAACAAUGUGCCUAAAAGAUACCCAUAGAAGUGGCUGAACAUUUGGUAACAUUACUCUUGGCCCUUACAUGAUAAAAAUGCCUUGAAUAUAGCUUGCGUGAUGCAGGUAGUGCUGAAGAAGAUGGCCGUGAAGUACUUAUGCAUGCUAUGUGAUAAUGGUGGGACAUAGUGGUUUGUAAUGUUUAAAAUGUGAAAAGCAUCUCUAAAGAACAUAUAUUUUUUUCAAUCACUACAAAUACAUUUGUAUGUCAUAAAUUUGGACAUCAUGAUCAAUAAUCUGUUUUUUUUUUUUACCAAAGUUUCACUCACACAAAUUGGAUUUUCCCAUAUCAGCCAUAAAAUCUGGAUCCCAUAUAUCCAGAAUUUUUCAAAAUGAUUUAUGAAGCAAAUGUUAUUGCUCAUUUUCAAUGUAAAUAUGCCAAUUUAAGAUUUUUUUUACACUAGAAAAAAAAAAAAGUUCUAUAUGCACUUUGAACAGCGCUUGAAGCUGCACGUUUUUCCAAUUUCAUAUUGUCUGUCUUGUUGUUUCCUAUUAGAUCAAGUAUGUUAUAGUAAGGUAUUGACAUAUAUUGGAUACUUUAUACUUUCGCUGCAAAAAAGAAAACAAUUACUUUAUUAAUUAUCAGUAUAUUAUUAUUGUUUUUUUGCAUACUUUAUAUAAACAUGUUUGUUUGCACAAUUAAUGCAAAACUCAAAGAUGUGGGUGGUUUUUUUAAUGAUAAAGAUCACAUCCGAUUGAUCUAAGGGCUCCCAGCUACCAUAUUUCUCAUCUUAUUUUGAUUCCAGUUAUUGCAUGUAAAUGUACUUGAAUGAACAUUUACUUGAUUUUGGCUGAGGUGUGAACCAAACCUCGUAUAUAGCAGAGUUGUGGUAUGUUUAGUAGUGUUUAUGAGAAUGUGUCGUGAAAGAUUUCUGGUGCUUAUUUUGUCAUUAGACAGAAAUAAACUGAUACAAAAUUUCCAGCCCUGGUCUCUGCUUUUGUGCACCUACCAGCUGAUUGUACUGUACACUGAAUUUGCUGCUUUUGUUCUUUGAGAUUUCUUAAUUUCUGAUAGCUCUUUCUUUGUAACUUAAACUGUUUAAUUUUUUAUAUCAUAUCUGUGUGAUUAAGCUGCUGAAUUAUAAUUGGAUGAACGUUUUAAGCUGUGA